GCCAGUCAAAAUUAUCAGUCGACCGUGUGCGGUUUGAAGUGAUCUAGUUCGUCAGUUAACACAGACCACGUUCACAAUGAAAUCGAUGGUGGUGUUGUUCGCUCUGGCCUCCGUGGCUUGCGGCUCCUACUUGCCGCUGGCGCAGCCCCCGCACCACCCCGCGUUGGUGCUGGACCCGCACGGCCGUCCUCUGGACACCGCUGAGGUCAUCAACGCUCGUGCUAUCCACCUGCAAGCUAAGGCUCUGGAAGGACACUACGCUCCCGCCGUCGUCGCUCCAGUGGCUCACUCCGUGGUAGCCGCUCCCGCUUUGGUUGCGGCUCCCGCUUUGGUUGCCGCCCCCGCUGCCGUCUCCCACCAGUCCCGCGUCGAUGUCCGCUCCAGCCCCGCCGUGGUGUCUCACGCCGUCGCCGCCCCCGUCCUCGCUCACUCCGUCUUGGGCCACUCAGCUUACGGACUCGGUCUCGGUCGUGGAUACGGACACUUGCUGAAGAAACGCUCCCUGGGCCACUAUGCCUACAGCGCUCCUCUCGUCGCUCCCUCUGCUGUGUCCCACCAAUCCCGCGUCGAUGUCAUCUCUAGCCCCGCUGUGGUGUCUCACGCCGUUGCCGCCCCAGUUGUGCACCAAGCCGUCGCCCCCGUGGUCGCUGUGGCCCCAUCCGCCGUGUCCCACCAAUCCCGCGUCGACGUCCGCAGCAGCCCAGCUGUCGUGUCCCACAGUGUGGUCGCCCCCGUCGCCCACAGCGUGUACGCCGCUGCGCCUCUUGCCCACAGCCUAUAUGGCGCCGCCCCCUUAGCGCACAGCGUCUACGGUGCUUCCCCCCUGGCGCAUUCUGGAUAUGGCUACCACUCCAGCCCCCUAGUCCAUGCUUGGUGAAGAGCGAAACUGACGAACCUAAGAAUAAUGUUUAAGAGAAAAAAAAAACAAAAAAAAGUAAUUUAUAAAUAAAUGAAUUUAUAUAAUACA